AUGUUUCCUGGCGACUUUGUCAAGAUUGAACGGGAGGGGAAGGACAUUAAGUGGGGACUUAAGGUGCCGGCAGAGACUGCAGAUGUCUGUAUGAAUCUCGGACUUGAGGAGCUCGCCGCAAAGAGAGAGAGAGAGGGAGGAAGGAGAGAGAGGCAGCGUCGACAGGUUGGAAGAUGGUCUCUGGAAAAAAUGUCCCUCCAGCUUGCAAUGUGCCUCACUGGUGAUGCCUUGUCAAGCCUGCUGCUACUAAGCCCAGCAGAGAGAAGUGAUUAUGAAGCUCUUGUUGGGGCUCUGAAGAGGAGAUUUGGACGGUGCUCAGUAGAUAGCCUAUUGCGCUCAGAGCUCUGCAGUCGUCAGCGGCGACCAGGAGAGUCACUAAGGGACUUGGCUAACAACAUCGAGGGACUGGUCCACCGCACCUAUGCUCACAUGCCUGCAGCCAUCCAGGGGGAGCUAGCCCACGAUCACUUCCUCCAGGCCCUUCUACCAGCUGACUUAGAGAGAGAGAGAGAGAGAGAGAGAGAGAGAGAUGCUCGCGAGAGGAAGAGAAGGAGCCAGAGAGAGGCGAACGCUGAGAGAGAUCGCAACAGAGCCCAAGGGAGACGACGAAGACGACGACGCGCGGGUGAAAAGCAAGCGGAAGAGCGAGCAGGUGGAGCCGGAGCUGAAAAGCGACUAGACCUGGGACUGAGGUUUAUUUGCAAAAAUAAAAGAAAGUCAACCCUCCUCGUGACAAUGUCCUUCCUUGGUGGUCCUGCGAACCUGCACGGCGGCUUGAGUCAGUCACAUUCGGCGCCCAACCGGGAAGGACCACCAGAGGCUGGGAAGGAAGAUCCCCUGUGGGCUCUCAUAGGCUCGCUCACAGAGCUUUCGGCAAGCAGCCGACAGCAAAGUCGGCUCUUGCAAGCAUUGGUGGACCAGAUGGAGGGGGGCGGCGAGUGGCCAUCCGAACGAGAUGAUGACGAAAGUUGGGAGGAAAUUGGUAACGAAGAGCGGGAUGAAGAUUGUGACGAAGAUUGGGAUGAAGAUGAUGACGAAGAUUGGCAUGAAGAAAAAGACAAAGAAGAAGAAAAAGACGAAGAAGAAGGAAAACAAAAAGACAAAGAAGAAUGAAAAGACAAAGGAAAAGACAAAGACAAAGAAGAGGAAGAAAAAGAACAGGUGAAGGAGGAGGAGAAGACCGGGGGCACAGGUGGUCGUGGCCGUCUUCACUUCCCGCUCCCUCAAAAGGGGGUG